GGCGCUCUAAUUUUCUGCUUGCACUUUCUCCGGCCAUUAUCGAAAAGUGCUUGCCUUGGAUUGCUGGUUGCUAAAUUCGUUUUCAAACCCGAUUCAUCCAAUCGCUAGCUGGCGCCCCAAAAAGUAUUUUGAUCGGUUUUAGUUUAGCUUGGUGGCCAACAAUUGUGUGAGGCAAAAUGUCACAAAUUGCGGACUUAAAAGGCUUCGUUAGUUACGCCCUCGAUUGCACCCGAUUUCGCCUGGUGCGGGACGAGGCGGAUGUGGAAAACGAGGAGCUGGUCUUCGCGCCGGAGAUGGCGCAUCAAAUAUUCGGCGAAUCGGAGAGCAUCUUUGGCUACCGGGAUCUGAAGAUCGAAAUUAUGGCCUCGGCGGGCCCACUGGAUCUGUAUUUCGAUAUCAGCUACACCAAGAAAGUCGAGGAGCUGCAAACGGAGGGUUUGAAGGCGGACGAUGUGGAAAAGUCACUUGCGGACAUGGUGGAGAACGGUAGCUAUUACACUAAUUUGGACGAGUUCAAGCGCAUCCAUGCGUCCAAAACACCAGCGUUCCGACCGCUAGGUACGAAAGUGGAUGAGUUUACCUAUCCGUUGCACGGUCGGGAUACAGGGACGCGCACAUUUGAGGUGUACGUGUCCUCGGCCGAAAAUGCUGAAUAUAUGAAAUUCCACACACGCUUGGAAAUGUUUUCAUUUUGGUACAUCGAUGGAUUUAGCAGAGUCGAGAUUGAUCCACUGUGGCUGUUUUUCACCGUGUACGAACGUUACGGAGCAGACAACAACAAUGAAUCUGCGACAGAUCGCUCCGCGAAUGUAAGAUACGCCACCGUUGGGUACGUGAGCGUGUAUCAGUACUACUCUUAUCCGAAGAACGUACGACCACGGGUUAGCCAGAUUUUGAUACUGCCACCAUUCCAGAAGCUGGGCAUUGCGACGCGAUUGAUCAAGCAUACAACUUACGAGUAUUUCCGGAAGAAGGACAACAUUACGGACAUCACCUUCGAGGAACCGAUAGAAGCAAUCCAGCAAAUACGGUCGGUGGUGGAUGCAAUUCGCUGCAAGGAGUUGCCCGGCUUCGCGCCCGACAAGCUGCUCGCCGGAUUCUCGAAGGAUAUGCUACAUCAGGCGCGUGAAACCUACCUCAUCAAUCCGAAGCAGUGCCGUGUGGUAUACGAGAUAUUGCGGCUUGGCGUUACCGAUACGGAUAACGCGGAACAGUAUCGUGCGUACCGGAUCGAGGUAAAGAAGCGUCUCAACAUGAACUACAGCCGCCAUCGGCGUGAUCUGGCCCGGGCGAAGAAGCGCGGUGUGGAUGUGACGGUCGCAAUGUGCGGAAUUCCGAGCGUUUCCGAGCGAAUUGAAUCUUUGAACGCGGAAUACAAGGCGGUGGAAGAGAUCUACGGGCAGGUUUUGCAGAAGCUUUUGGCCAGAGGCUAAUCCAUGAGAGAGACGAGCUUUCUUGUUCGUUGUGUCACUGUUGGCGUUUUAUUUCUUCUAUGUACGCGCAAGUUUUCUUUUCUAUCUUAUCGUUUUGUGUUUAGUUCUUUUUGGUUUAUAAGUAAAAUUAGAACCCCUGUGUUAGAAUGGUAUUAAACAUCUUCGUACGAUACAA